AUUCUCUCUUAAACUUUGACUAACCGUAGGGCAAGAACUUGGAAGUGAAUUGAAGUGGAGGCUGAAGCAGAGAAAGAAAGCGUCAAAACGCACAUCAGAAAGAACGAAUCGCUGUCGUUUAACGCACAAGAAUCCUCCACGAAUGACAACUGCAAUACAAAUUCAUAUCUCAUUUUUGCAAUAUUCUUUUUGCUGCACAUAUUGAUAUUGGUAAGUUGUAGGCAGUUUAUUCUCACUCCUUUGUAAAGAGCUUAAGAGAAUGGAGAAGAGAGAGGAUUGGAGAUCAAUUCUACCAUAUUUACCAGUGGUGAUGCGUUUUCCCUCUCUAUUUUGGCCAUCCCAAGUGGUGGAGUCUCUCAGAGAGCUUGAAUGCGGCCGAGUUGACUCGGGCCGGCUCUUAUUCAUCUUCAUGACUGAACUCAGGAACUCUCUUUCUCUCUCUCACGAACCUUUAGCCCCUUCCGCUGCACAUGGAUAUGCCCUCUUCUUCGACGAGCUGAUGUCUAGAGAGGAAUGUAGGAAGUGGUUUGAGGAGGUGCUUCCAGCAUUGGGAGGUUUGCUUUUGAGGCUGCCUUCUUUGCUGGAAGCACACUAUAAAAACGUGGAUAUGGUUAUUGAUGGAGAGGGAGCCACUAUCAGAACUGGUCUUCGCAUGCUGGAUUCACAGGAAGCCGGGAUAGUGUUCCUUACCCAGGAGUUGAUUGCUGCUCUUCUUGCAUGCUCAUUUUUAUGUCUAUUCCCAGUCCAUGACAGAUAUGAGAAACAACUUCAACCAGUUAACUUUGAUCAGUUGUUUGCGAGUCUCUAUGAUGAUUACAGUCAAAAACAGGAAAGUAAGAUUUGGUGCAUCCUUCAUUAUUUUCGAAGGAUAAGCUCUGAUAUGCCUAAGGGUGUUGUCUCAUUUGAGCGAAAAGUACUUCCCUGGGAUGAUGAUUCUGUUCACAUUUCUUACCCAAAUUCUAACUUUUGGAGCACUUCUGUUACACCUCUAUGUAGAUUCGAGGUUCACAGUUCAGGACUCAUAGAAGAUCAUUCAAGUGAAGCUAUCGAAGUAGAUUUUGCAAAUGAAUAUCUUGGUGGUGGCGCUCUUCGUAGGGGUUGUGUACAGGAGGAAAUUCGCUUCAUGAUCAGCCCAGAAUUGAUUGCUGGCAUGGUUUUCUUGCCGGCCAUGGCUGAUAAUGAGGCUGUAGAUAUUGUUGGCGUGGAAAGGUUCUCGAGUUAUAAAGGAUAUGCAUCAUCGUUUCGAUUUUCCGGGGAUUAUGUGGAUGACAAAGAUAUAGAUGCCCUUGGAAGACGUAAAACCAGGAUAGUUGCAAUUGAUGCAUUAUGUGGUCCGGGGAUGAGGCAAUACAGGGAAAAAUUUCUCCUCCGUGAAAUCAACAAGGCAUUCUGUGGUUUUCUGCAGCAAUCUAAAUAUCAACAGUAUCAGAAAAUACCACAAGAGAACUUUGAUGCUGCAACGUCAACAUCUAUGGAAACAAAUGAAGGAAAAAAUUCAUAUCAAGAAAUCAGAAUUUUUCUAAAUGAUUACGAUAUGAUAGAGAAAAGCAAUGAUAUUGGAGUUGCAACCGGGAAUUGGGGAUGUGGUGCCUUUGGAGGAGAUCCUGAAGUAAAGACCAUAAUUCAGUGGCUUGCAGCUUCUCAAGCUCGAAGACCUUACAUAGCAUACUACACGUUUAGAUUGGGGGCAUUGCAGAACCUAGACAAGGUUACAUGCUGGAUUUUGUCGCAGAGAUGGACUGUUGGAGACCUAUGGAACAUGCUAGCUGAGUACUCAACAAGUAGAUCAAAAGGAGAAACUAACGUCGGCUUUCUCCGAUGGCUCCUGCCAUCAAUAUAUGCUCAUGGUUCUAGGAUGGAUUAAUUUGCCAAAUAUGCUUUGUUCUGCUGUUGUUUAUCUAUUACUUUUGUCAAUGUUUGUUUCUCUUGAAAAAAUGUUUGGCUAUUACAAGUAAAAAAACAGUUGAGAAUCUGUUAAUAUUGUCUUGAACCUGUAUAUACCAUAUAUAGUUUGAUUUA